AUGGGUAGAAAAGAUGCCUCCACUAUAAAGCUUCCUGUUGAUCAAUACAGAAAGCAAAUUGGUAAACAGGAUUAUAAAAAAACCAAACCUAUUUUACGAGCAACCAAAUUAAAAGCAGAAGCAAAGAAAACAGCACUAGGCAUUAAGGAAGUUGGCCUUGUCCUCGCAGCUCUGUUGGCCCUCCUCCUGGCUUUCUAUGCUUUCUUUUAUCUCAGACUGUCCACAGAUGUGGACCCUCAUCUGGAGCCUGAUGAAAAUUAG